GACAAUAAUACAACUAAAAACAAUUCAAAACAAAAAAGAGGAAAUAACCCAACUUCUACAAUGGCUGUUCGCCGAGUAAUUUGGAAAAUAGUUCCUUUAAAAAAGUUGCCUGAUAAUGAAGAAAAUGAGGAAGAUGAUGAAAAUUUAAUUAAUUUAAAUAAUAAAAUAAUUCCGAUAAAAACAAAAACUGCUAGAGUUGUGUUAAAAAGAAUUGAAGAAGUGGAGAAUAAAGAGGAAGAGGAGGAAGAAGAAGAAAAUAAAUUAAAACAACAACGGAGAAUGGCUAGAAGAAGAACACCAAAUUUGUUAAAUAAUUUAAAGAAAACCGAAGAAUCAACAAAAUCCUCUUCAACACAACAAUCUUCCCCCAUAUAUUCUGCCUUAAGUUUCCCUGAACAAUUGGAAACAUUUUUGGGGUUGUCUAAAUGUUAUGUUAGAAUUAUUUUUGAUUUUUGGUGUUUACUUGAAUGUUUCUGUUCUGCCCUAUUUUUGCUUGCUUUGUAUUUAAAAUUUAAAUGUUUGGCGAUUACUUCGAUUUGUGUUGAUGUUGUUUCUGUUGUUUUGGCAAUAAUUUUUGGGUGA